CACAGCGGUGUAGUCUAAACAUCAUAUGUAAACGAAGGGUCAUUUCAAUGUGGAACGCUAAUUAAACAGAAAGUAAAUGCACUGCGAUAUGUGGGAGAUUAUAGUAAUAUCUGAAGGCGGACAUUUAAACGCCCAAAUUCGAUCGUUUGAUGCCAGAGACAGGGGGGUCGUGUCCUUGGUUGUAUUUCCUGCGUGGAGAAAACUCCGAUAACUUCCACCGGACUCGGUACAGAACGAAGGUACAAAUGCCGGUGUGUGUUCACUAAACCAUACCACAUUGCGUUUGACAAGCCGCCGUGUUAGAGGGUUUCCUUAGAUGAAGGAUCUGAGUUCAGUAUGUCGGGCAGAGAAAAGGAUUAUCAUACACUGAGAAAAGAACUUCUCAGGACCAACUCUCUGUUUGUGGACGCCGACUUCCCCCCAGACAACAGCUCUCUGACCUUUGACAGGACCCCUCCCGCAGGACUCAGGACUGUCAUAUGGAAGCGCCCGACAGACUUGUCCCGAAACCCCAGAUUUAUAGUAGAGAAUGCCACAAGAUUCGACCUUGAUCAAGGAUACUUAGGCAACUGUUGGUUCAUCGCUGGAGCUGCUCUGGUAGCCACCAAAAAGAAACUACUUGAAAGGGUGGUGCCUCUAGACCAAGAGUUUGACAGAACAUAUGCAGGUAUUUUCCAUUUUAAUUUUUGGUGGUACGGGAAGUGGGUGGAGGUGGUGAUUGAUGACUACCUGCCCACGGACGGCUACCGCCUGAUAUACGCCAGGAACAGGGAGGAACCGAACGAAUUCUGGGCAGCAUUGUUAGAAAAGGCGUACGCAAAAUUAAGGGGUUGUUACGAAGGCGUAGAUGGAGGGAAACUUCAGGACAGUGUGGUCGACCUCACCGGAGGAAUCUCGGAAACUGUGGACAUUAAGGACAAGUCUCAGAUCCCAGUGGAUAUCUAUGAGAUUUUGUGGCGAUCCUGGAAGAUGAACAGUUUUCUUGGCUGUAGUAUAUCGCUACCUCCAAAUGUAAGUUCAUCAUUUAGGGAAGUACGGCGGCCAAACGGAUUGUACAUGGGCCACGCAUACAGCAUCACCGCCCUAGCUGUGAUCCCCUACAAGGGGUCGAGCGUUCGUCUUUGUAGACUUCGGAAUCCAUGGGGACGGAGCGAGUGGAAUAGUGAUUGGUCAGACGAGUCUUAUCAAAUCCGAAACUUGUCAUCGGAAGCGAAACAAAGACUUGGGAUCGUUAUACAGGAUGACGGUGAAUUCUGGAUACCGAUUGACGAUGUGUUGGUUAAUUUCGAGGAAAUACAACUCAUUCACCUUCAGCCAGACGCCACAACACAGGGGGUGGCUGUAAACGAGGGUAAACGUCAGUGGAACGUGACGGUUUACCAUGACCAGUGGAUUAAGGGCGUCACGGCUGGGGGAUGUGGAAAUGCGCCAUACCAAGACUUGUACUGGAAGAACCCCCAGUUUUCCGUGACUUUACGAGAUGUUGAUGACACAGACAACAAGCCAACAUGUACUGUCAUCAUCAGCUUAAUAGAAAAGGAGCAAAACAACAAGUCCAAAAUAGCCAUCGGCUUCGACGUUUACAAGUUGAAGUAUCCUCAGAGUCAGCCAUUAGAUGGGGAGACAGCCCCCAGAAACGCCCUCAUUCUAAAGAAAAGAUCAGGGGUCUAUCAAUAUAACCGGGAGAUCACCCGGAGGUUUGACCUGACCCCAGGGACAUAUGUCGUCAUUCCAAGUACGUUUAGGCCUCACGAGGAGGCGGAGUUUAUGCUCAGGAUUUACACAGAGAAAAUAAUUAGUAGUCUUGUGUUAGAUGAACGCAACGGCGAAGUUAAGCCAGAAGCCAAACCUCCGCCAGUAAGGGACGCCUUUCGUGAGUUAUUUCUAAAACACGCUGGUGAGGAUGGAAAACUGAAAGCUAAGGAGCUGAAGGAAUUUAUUUUAGAACUAUCAAGAUCAGAAAUAAAUGAGCCUUUAAAAUUCAGCACAGAAACCUGCAGAAGCCUUAUCACAAUGAUGGAUCGGAAUAAAUCUGGCGCAAUGAGCUAUGAGGAUUCAGUCAAGAUGUGGAAAGAAGUUAAAGGCUAUAGAGCUGUUUUCCAACAGUUUGACAUAGAUGGAUCGGGGACGGUGGAUACGUAUGAACUAGACAAACUAUUUAGCACAUUAGGUUUCCCUGUGAAUAGAAUGGUACAAACAGCAAUAGUCAGACGGUACGCCGACAGAAACAACAAGAUCCGCCUCACAGACUUCAUCAUAGUCAUCUGUAAAUUAACCCUCAUGUAUCAAAUAUACAAGGAUCAGCAAAUUAAAACAGGCAGCCCUGAUUCUGCUUCUUUCACUAUGAACGAGUUCCUUUAUUAUACAAUGUACUGCUGAGCCUUGUUCAACAUGGCGGAUAUGACAGACGUGCCAACCUGUGUUCACAUUAUUUUCCAUUUCCCUGGAAAGAACUACAUUAAAUUAUACAUGUAUCUACUUGUAGUCCCUUAGGAGAAAGUCUAAUACGUGAUGCAAUAUUUCAGUACUACCUGAGAGGCAAACUUUUUUGUUAUAUAUUUUAUACA